UAAUCUAUAUCGUGAUUCGUGAAUGCCUUUGCCUUACGGCUAUAGACUACCUAUAAUACUUUAGCGACUUAAUCAUAGCGUAUAUACCUAAUACCUACCUAUAUACUCUAAGGACUUAGUCCAUGAUGACUGCCGUAGAAAAUUGUGAUAAUCACGGAUAAGAUAAAAGCCGCCUAUGCAACCGUGCAAUAUUCAGCUUCUUGUGACCAUGUAAUAGUUUUUAAUGACCACGGUAACGGAUUAUUCCACAACCAGAAUGCAAACUAUUGAACGUCCGUUGUUCAUUAAAGAUUAACGAUUAGUUAAAUAAGGUGACGGACUGGAAGUUUCGGCAACGGCUCGUAAACUUCGCAUCACCCGUACAGACUUCCGAAGAUGACUGUAGAAGACUGAAGAAUCUAUCACAAAUUCAUAACGGCGACACAAGGUGAUACGAGACAGAGCACGGACGAGGUGCACGGCGGUAUGUCACCCAAACCGUUUUCCGGCCAUCACUCACGGAGAGAUGAGAUUCGAAGAGGAACGAUGAUGAACGACGAUGACCGGUUAGCGGUACCGGCAUGGGAAACGAUUUCGCCCCGACGGUACCUGUAGGACUCCGGCGGCAGCUCAGGCGACGACUCGUUACGACGAUGACGGCGGAGACUUUGGCACGGGGGUCCGGCGGUUCGUGACUAUGGCUGUUACCGGGGUUGAUAGACACGCCCGUCUAUGGGAAGUCAGGCCAAUCAAGGGGGAAACCUUAGGAGAGUAUAUAUCAGGACCGCGGCGCGGCGCGUUGUGGUGCGGUCCGUCGACUCUCUUGUUCGUCCCGAGACGAUACGCAGCCAACUGUGUUGUGUCUCCGGUGGCCGUCAAUUGCUCAAACUCUCAGAUCUUCGAUCUGCCGUUUCGGUCUCCGUCGCCCGUCGAAAAGUCGUCGUCUGUACCAUCGUCUGAUAAGCACACUAUAGCCGCUCGCCGUAGUCAACCGUAGGCUCUUGGGGUCGAAGCUGUCGAGCCUCCCCUGCCGUCUCGUGGUCGUCGCAUUAUCUCGUGCUCGAGCAAACCCAUACCGUGGGCCGUGACCCUCGUCUACCAGAACGUUGCAGAGCUGGUGCCUGGAAGUUAAGUAACAAAACUUAAUAAUCCACUGUUUGCCACCCUGAUGGUUGAUACAUAUCCGCGGCAAUUGCGAGCCUAUACAAUGCAGAACUGUAUAUUAAAUACGGUUACCUAUGUUAUUUUAAUCAUUGCCGCUGCACGAUUUUGGAUCUUAUAUAUUAUUAUGAUGAUAAGCGUGAUAUUAACACAGUAAAACCUAUAGUAGUAAUGCUGCAGCUGUACAUAGCAGUGGCGGUGUCGCGGUAGAAAUAUUAAUAAUAUGGCACAAUGCGCCAAUACUGCGCAGACACGCCAGUCGUUAAUUCCGCAGUUCAGGGCUUAUUCUAUAUUCUUAUUUUAUCUUUAUUAUGGCUAUAUUAUAAUGGUAUAAUUAUUAUAUUAUACAAACCUAUCUUAUUUAUUGUAUAUAAUAUUUAGUAUAAAACAUGUAUAGUAUUGUGCGCAAUGUAUUGGAAUAUAAUAUAAUAUAUUUUAUGAUUUAUCUUUUUUUAUUGUUAUUAUUUUACUCGAAUAAUGCUUAAUACAAAUUUAUUUUAAUGGUAAAAUACUCUGGAAAAAAUAAUAGUGUUUUAUUUUUAAUUUUUUUUAUGUGUGUGGGUGUAAAUGUUGUAAAAAUGUUUUAAUUCAUAUAAUUAUAUUAUAUAACUAUCUAUUUUUAAUUUUAACGUGAAUGCAACAAAACAUUUAAAGUAUGACUGAAAAAAAUAAUGUAAGGAAGUGUACAAACGAUGCAAUCAAAAUUAUUCUAUACGUGAUUUUUAUGACAACUUUGUUUUUACUAUAUUUUAAUGAUAACAAUUAUGAAAUUGAAAAUUCGAUAGAUUACCAUUCUGCUGAAUACAAUUCAUAUUAUAGAAAAGUCAUCACAAUUGAAAAUAGUUCAAAAAUAUCAACUAAAAUUGAUGAUAACGUGAAAGAAGGGUAUGUUGUGUGGAAUGAUAAUUGCCGAAUACCUAACAUAAGUGCCUAUGACAAGACAAUAAAAAAUUUAAUUAAAAAAAGCAAUUCCCCAAAGUGUUUUUCAACAUUACCAUUAACCAGCGUGAUCCUCGAUGUAGAUAAAUGGUCUUACACUUUUAAAAUUAACCAUGGAGUUAAUUCACAAAUUUCAAAAUCAAUUGUUAAUUGCUGUUAUUCUCCAAUUAUUCGAAAUGAUUUAAAAUUUAAGAAUAAUCCAAAAGAUGAUGAUCGUUACAAAGUUGAACCAAAAUGUUAUCCCAUCAACGAUUCAGAAAUAAUUCCCAAAUCAGUCGAAUACAUGAUGGUAACAUGUGAAUUGAGACCAAAUGGUGAUAAAUUAAAAUCGACGGUUUAUAAAGAUAUUCAUGCAAUGGUGAUUGAUAAAGGUCAGAGACGAUUCCUAAAUGCAGAUAUCCCAGAUAAACCUAGCGUGCUAAUAAUAUCCAUUGAUUCACUGUCUCGCUUAAAUCUUAUCCGAUCAAUGCCUAUAACAUAUCGUUUGUUGGAAACCCAUGGAUUUAUGUCACUCGAGGGGUACACUAAAGUUGCCGACAAUACGUUUCCAAACGUUGUUCCAAUUUUAACUGGUAUGUUUGUAAAUCAAAUGACUAAACGAUGUUGGAAUAGUCCCAAAGAUGAGAUGGACGAAUGUCCAUUUCUGUGGAAAGAUUUCAAAAAACGAGGUUACGUCACGGCUUACGUGGAAGACGAACCCAACAUGGGCACUUACAACUUUGGAAAAUACGGAUUCCGAAACGCGCCGACCGACUACUACUCGCGGCCGUACAUGCUGGCGGCCGAGCAUUACUUGCCGGUAGUCAAGUACGACGGCAUGAGCUUCUGCCUGGGCCCUCGGUCAGCGCCCGAUCGGGUGUACGCUUACGUGGAGGACUUUGUCAGGUUGCACAGACACCACGGGUACUUCGCCGUUUUCUGGCUUAACACGUUCAGCCACAACGACGUGAACACGCCGUCGGCGAUGGACCAGCGGACGGCCGGCGCCCUGUCCAAGUUGCUGGACGGCCGUCUGCUGGACAACGCCGUCACCGUGGUGCUCAGCGACCAUGGACUCCGGUUCGGGGCGAUACGCGAGACGCAUAUCGGCUGGCUCGAGGACCGGAUGCCUGCGUUUUACGCUCGUCUGCCAACCGGAUACGUGACAGCGAGACCCAGCCACCGCGCUGCGUUAGCUGCCAACAAGCACCGAUUGACGUCGCCGUUCGAUCUGCACCUAACGCUCAAGCAAUUAUUAUUCCAGCAGCUCAACGACGACGACGACGACAACAACACCAACAGUAGUCUUCCGGUUGCUAUGGCCGAAGGCUGUCCAACUUGCCACAGCCUGUUCCGUCUGGCCGACGCCAACAGAUCGUGCGAACAAGCGGGAAUUGCGCCGCAUUGGUGCACGUGUGACGAAUACGAAGAACUAGACCGGCGUAGCAGGAUAGCAAUGGACGGCGGAAAGUACGUGGUACGACAGUUAAACGCGUUGCUAACAAAGUACCGAAUGAUGGUACGUAAGGGGUACGCUUGCUCAAACUUGUCGCUCAGAAAAACAGUGUCGGCUCGGAGCAGGAUGAAUCGGGGAAACGGUCGUCGCGAAUACUUAUUGGUCGUAGAAACGUUACCGGGCCGGAGCAUGUUUGAGGUGACCGUCGGACAGGAAGAAGGCAGUGGCGCGUUCGGAAUGCUCGGCGACAUAAGUCGUAUUAAUAUGUACGGGUUUCAGAGCUAUUGCACUGAUGACUGGAGACUGAAAAAGCACUGUUAUUGUGUGAAAAAAAAUCGGAAGCCUGAUGGUAGUUAGCGGAAGCUGUAAGUGGCACCGCUUCAACUUGACGAGUGUAUAAAAAUUAUUCUUGGGAAGUGAGCCCUAAUAGGUAUACUCGUCCUGUGACGUAAUAUUGUUGAUUCCAUUUAAAUUCCUAUUUAUUUUUAAUUAUAAAUUAUUAUAAUAAAAUUAUUUAUUGUGAGAUAAUGUAACAUAUUAACAAAUACACUUCAUAAAAUACGUAACAGGUCA